CAGCCCAAUACGGCCAGGGCGAACAACUUUCCCCUCUCGUUUUCACAUUAAAGAAUCUCAUUUCUCACCCUCUUCAACCGUCUAAACACCUCACAUCUUCCUCAACCCACCUCACCUCACCGACUAGCCCGCAACCUCGAUCUCAACCUCAACCUCCACCCUCGCAUCGCAACCCCAAAAGAACCACCACAAUGGCCUCAACCGACGACCUCAAGACCCACGCGGCCUCAACGCAAGAUUUCUACGCCCUCCUCGACAUCUCGCCCGCCGCAGCGGAGACAGAAAUCCGACGCGCCUACCGGCGAACCGCACUAAAAUACCACCCGGACAAGAUCGCGAACCCGACGCCCGCGGACAUCGACAAGUUCCAUCUCCUCCAGAUCGCGUACGAUGUGCUCUCGGAGCCGUCGAUCCGGCAACUCUACGACAAUGCGCGGGAGGCGCGGCAGCGCAAGCAGCGCGAGCGGGACAUGAUGGAUGCCGCGAAGAGGAAGAUGAGGGAGGAUUUGGAGGCGAGGGAGCGCGCGGGGGCUGCGGGGCCAGGUGGGCAGAGGGGCGUGAAGAGGUCGUUUGGGAUGGCGGGGUCGAGUGUGGAUGACGAUGCGGAGGAGAAGUUGCAGCGCGAGAUUGAUCGGAUUGCGGAGGAUGGGAGACGGAGGAGACGCGAAAUGGAGGAGAAGCUGAAAAGGGAGGCGGAGGAUGAGGAGAGGGUUAUAAAGGAGGAAGAGGAGGCUGCGCAGCGGAAGGAUGAGGGGAGCAGUGAACGCGUCGAUCGGUCAAAGGAGGGCGGCGCAAAUGUGCCGGAGCUGGAGCGAGGGGUGAAGGUGCGCUGGGUGCGUGAGGGUCGAGGUCUAGAGCUGGAUCAAGAGGGCUUGACGUCGCUGUUCGCUCCGUUCGGCAGGAUCGAGAAUGUCCUCAUGCUCAAGGACAAGCGACAGCGUCUGGGGGAGAAGCGGGAGAAGAAGACUGUCGCAACGGGGGUGGUGAUUUUCGCGUCGAUUGUCAGCGCGCAUGCGGCCGUGCUGGACAGCGAGAAGAAGAGACGUCACGGUGUCGGCCAGCCUGAUAGCGUCUGGAGCUUCAUUGACUCGGUCAACUGGGCCUCUGGCAACGCGCCAGAUCUAGGCACGAGCGAGAGUCGCACUGCCUCUGACGCAAACCAAAAUGGAGCGCCUCCAUCUUCUAAACCGACAUCUUCAAAUGCGCCUCCCAAACCCAGCUUCAGUUUCGCAGGCCUCAACACCAAUAGCGCCGGAAAGAAGCCCGGCGUACCGUCAUUUUCCUCCUUCCCUGGUAAGGCAGCAGCAAACUCAGCGAAGCCAGCCUCCGAUCCCAAUCCUGCAACUAACGGGCAAAAUACUCCGAGCUUCGAAGAAGUGACGUUGAUGCGGUUGAAGACGGCGCAACGGGAGAAGGAGCGAAAGGCACUUGAGGAGCAGCUCAGAAAAGAGGAUGAAGAGGCCGAUGCAGCAGAGGCAGCGGCUGCCGCAGGUCAGAGGUGAUUGAAACCAUCACCUUUGACGUGUAAAACGGUUGGACUCGAGUCCAAAGCUUGGAUUUAACCAUCCGGCGUUACUUCCUGACAUUUGUAUAAGAUAACCACUAUUAGAAUAUAUGAUACCCAUGAAAUUCAUUGUCUG